AUGGUCAAUCUACCAGCUAUAAAUGAACGUACAAUACUCACUGCCAUUCUAGGUAUAUUAGGUGUAGCUACACUUUUCUGUCUUAUUGGUUUAGCCACAUCAGGAUGGGGAGGGUAUGGUGUUUUUAAGUUACCACAUUCAUCAACAGGAUCUUUAUGUAUCUUUUCACUUAUUUUACUUAUCGCUUGUGUUAUUGUGGGAGCAGUUAUUUUAUUAAAUCUUUAUCAACAUGAAUAUUUACCAUUAGCAUUUGUCUCAUUAAUGAUUAUUACGUCAAUAUUUUUACUUGCAUCAUUUUCAUCAUUUAUAUCAGCGAUUAAUAUAAUUUCAAUUUAUUCAUACAAUUUGGUAGUAACAGCAUUUGCGUUUACAUAUCUAUCAUCAAUUCUUGCCACUUAUUGGUUAUUUGGUGCACGUCAAACAACUAGUGCAGCAACACCAGAGCCUGUUAAACAACCAAUAUAA